AGACCUCUGCCUGCCUUCCCUGCAUCCACCUUGGGACAUCAUUUCUCAUGGCAGCUUUUCAGACCACUUCGUGGAGGCUGAUUUCUGGCGCCUUGGGAGUAGUGUGCCUUUUGUUGAUGGCUACCCUGGGAAUUUUAUUGAAACGUUGGUACCAAUGCAAUUGCUAUUUCUUUUCCAAAGAAGAUAAAACUUGGGCGGAAAGUAGGGAUUUCUGUGCUUCUCAGAAUUCCAGUCUACUUCAGCUGGAAAGCAAAGACGAACUUGUAUGUACUUAUGUUUCCACAUUUUCUUUGUUCUGGAAAACAUCAUCUCUAAGUAAGCUGAAUAAUUUGAAUCAAGUCUUAAAUCAGAGAGUAAAUGUAUGUUGUCUUCAUUACAGAUUUUUCUUUCAAAAUCUAAAUCCACGGAAAUGUGUAUUGUAUAAGCCAAGGAAUAGUAUUUUGGAUGAAGAUUGUAGGGACAAAAAUGGUUUUAUCUGUAAGCAAAGGUUUAUUUAAGAGUUUCU